CUCAGAUUUCGCAGACGAAAAAUGUUGACUGGUUUCUUGGAGCCCGCCAUGUUUGCAAGCAGCCUGGAUGGCAGAUGGUGGCUGGCGCAAGGGCGGAGGGGUCCUUAUACCCCCGGAAACGUGACCGUGAAUGACCAGGGUCGACGUCGGUAGCCGAGCACAGUAGGACAUGACGGCGAGGGAAUCUUCCGUACGACCUUCACCAGCAUGCGGGGGAUCCAACACCCAAACUCUGUCGGAAAGAAUAGCCCAAUGGGUUGGGGGGGAAAUCUACGAUGGCAUCCCGCGUUGGAGCCGAGAUAUCGCGACGAGCUUAGCACGCUUGACAGCUAGCAGCUUGGCGGCGAACAAAGACCCCGCACGCAGUUGGAUGUGCGAUUCAAGAGACUUUCUUCGGUUGGGGUUCAACCCGGGGAUCGAGCCCCUCUGUGCGACCUCAACCCUGUCCUGGCCCCCUGCGGUCAACAUGCUGCAGUGCGCCCUCAAGAGGCUCGGACAACGUCCGGCGGAGAAUCCAAUGGAUUCCUCGAGAGGGGCAGCCUUGGCAGAGAUGAUGACUUCUGGGCAUCUUCAUGGCACCACGCGGGAGAAAAUCUGGGGUCACGCGGGGUCGGAGGAACCAACAGCACUAACAGCACUAAUAGCACUAGUCAAGAGAUGGCAACAACUGUUGUUAGUAUCGGCCAAUCCGACUGGUGGAUGGCAGACGUCGCCCACCGCCGAUCGGCGCCAUUGGUCUGGGGUAAUUGCUUCGGUUGGCAUGCAGGCCAGCCCAAGGGUGUCCACCAGCCACACUUAACCCUAACGCUGAGAUCCCGGUCGCGACCAUUCCAUUUCCCCUAGUUCUGUUACAAUCAGGUUAUUGGUAGUGUGCCAAGCUCAGUGAGCCAACGGCCGUGAGUGGCGAGGGUGUCA